AUGUGCAUGGAAAAAGUUCUGCGCGGGAUGGGCUACAAAUUGGGGGUGACAAUCGGCGAGGGAAGCUACUCCAAAGUCAAACUGGCAAGCUCCCAGAAACACAAUUCUGAGGUCGCCAUAAAAAUUGUGGGCCGCAAAAAGGCUCCUCACGAAUUGGUCCACAAGUUUCUACCCAGGGAGCUGACGCUUCUGAGGGAAGUGAGACAUGACAAUAUUGUCCAUGUGCACGAAUUCAUCGAGGUUUGCAACGGCCGACUAUACAUCGUGAUGGAAGCGGCAACAACGGACCUUCUCCAAAAAAUCCAAGAGGUAAAUUCCAUCCCCAUUGUCCAAGCCAAAACCAUGUUCUCCCAGAUUGUCAGUGCUGUGAACUAUCUCCAUCAACACAACAUCGUCCACCGAGACAUGAAAUGUGAGAAUGUACUGCUGACUAGGGACAACCAAGUCAAGAUCACGGACUUUGGUUUUGGGAGGUUUGCCAUGGGCUAUCCUGAGCUGAGCAGCACUUACUGUGGUUCCGCGACCUACGCCGCACCCGAGGUACUGCUUGGAGUUCCAUACGACCCCAAGAAAUAUGACGUGUGGCGCCUGGGUGUGAUUCUGUAUGUCAUGGUCACUGGGUGCAUGCCUUACGACGAUUCCAAUGUCCGCAAACUCCCUCGCGCUCAGCGCAAGGCCUUGGUCUACCUGGAUGACGUAACCGUGGAAGAGCCAUGCCAGCUGUUCAUUGCCUAUCUGUUGCAGUUCAGCCCUUCUUCCCGCCAGACAAUCCAACAGGUAGCAGAGCAGUCUUGGUUGCAAUAG